AUGUCGACGACAGAGCAAGAUGAGCUUCCAGUGACGGCCGACGAGACGGAUUCAACGUUGGGUGAAGAAACCCUUUCCGACGACACCACCAUCGGAUCCAGUCUGGAACAAUAUCCGGAAGAAAACGGUCGGAAGUACCAUGCCUACAAGGACGGCAAGUAUCUCUUCCCCAACGACGAACACGAGCGGCACCGGUUGGAUCAUCAACACGAGCUCAGUCUCGAAAUCUUGGAGGGUGACUUGUACGUCUCCCCGGUCGACAGUCCAUCGGAGAUUUUGGACGUCGGCACCGGAACCGGCAACUGGGCGAUCGAGGCGGCCGACCGACAUCCACAGGCCAGGGUCUUGGGCGUCGACCUCAGCCCGAUCCAGCCGACGCUGGUGCCCCCCAACUGUCACUUUCGGGUCUGGGACUUUGAGGAACCCUGGGGCUUCGAGCGUCAGUUCGACCUCAUCCACGGGCGGCUGCUCAUCGGCUCGGUCUCGGACCCCAGGGAGCUCCUCCGGCAGGCGUACGAGAGCCUCGCGCCCGGCGGGUGGCUCGAGAUCCAGGACGUCUGCCCGCCCAAGUCCGACGACGACAGCAUCCCUCCGGACGGCCCGUACCGCCGGUGGAUCGGGACGUGGUGUCAGGCGCUCAGGGCGGGAGGGCGCGACCCCUUCCUCGCCGCCCGGUACGGGGACCUCUUCCGGGAGGCGGGCUUCGUCGACGUGAGGGUGGAGAGGUUCAGGGUCCCCCAGAACAACUGGCCCGCGGAUCCCGACUACAAGACGCUCGGGACGCUCAACUGCAUCAACAUCUUGGCGGGCAUCGAAGGGUUGACCCUGCGGCCCUUGACCAAGUUCCUCGGGUGGACCCUUCAGGAGGUCCAGGUCCUCGUGGCGCGGGCGAGACCGGACGUCAAGGACACGAGGAUCCACGCGUAUUGGCCGGUGUAG